AUGUUUUUUUCGUUUCUUCCUUUUCCUCAAAAUUAUUCCUUUUCUUCCUGCCAUUUCAUUCUCUUUCUUUUCCUUAAUAUUAUCUCCUUUUAUUUCACUUUCUUCUUUCUUUUAAUUUGCACUCUUUUCUUUCCUCCCUACCGAUAUUUUAUCAUUUCUUUUCUUUUUUUUCGUUCCUUUCUUUUUUUUUUGCAUUUAUUUCUUUUUAUUAUUUUUUUCACUUUCUUCUUUUUUCUUACAAAUUCCCAUUUUCUUCUCUUUCCUCCUACAAAUGUUAACGUUUUAUGUUUUCGUUUCUUCCUUUUCCUCAAAAUUAUUCCCUUUCUUUUUGAUAUUCAUUCUCUUCUUUUUAAUUUUCCUGAUCUCCUCAAAUUUCACUUAAUUUCUUUUUUUAUUUGCACUCUUUCUUCCUUACAAAUAUUAUCCUCUUUUUCCUACAAAUUCCUUUUAUUUUUUCGUUUUUUCCUUUUCCUCCUAAAUUAUUUCUUUUUAUUUUGUUUACUUUCCUCAAAUUUCUUCUUUCUUUUUCAAAUUAUCCUCUUUUAUUUCUUUUCCUUUCUUUUCCUUAAUAUUAUUUCUUUUUUAUUUUUUCUUUUUAAUUUGCACUCUUUCUUCCUGCCGAUAUUAUCCUCUUUUUAUUUCGUUCCUUUCUUUUCCUUAAUAUUAUUUCUUUUUAUUUUGUUCACUUUCUUCUUUCUUACAAAUUCCCAUGUGUUACUUUUUAGUUUCUUCUCUUUCCUCCUACAAAUGUUAACGUUUUAUGUUUUCGUUUCUUCCUUUUCCUCAAAAUUAUUCCUUUAUUUCAUUCUCUUACUGAUCCCUCAAAUUUCAUUCUUCUUUUUAUUUGCACUCUUUCUUCCUGCCGAUAUUAUCCUCUUUUUAUUUCGUUCCUUUCUUUUCCUUAUUUAUUUCUUUUUAUUUUGUUCACUUUCUUCUUUCUUACAAAUUCCCAUUUCUUUUAAUUUUGCACUCUUUCUUCCUGCCGAUAUUAUCCUCUUUUUAUUUCGUUCCUUUCUUUUCCUUAAUAUUAUUUCUUUUUAUUUUGUUCACUUUCUUCUUUCUUACAAAUUCCCAUGUGUUACUUUAGUUUCUUCUCUUUCCUCCUACAAAUUUCCUUUCUUUUCCUUAAUAUUAUUUCUUAAUAUUUUGUUCACUUUCUUCUUUCUUACAAAUUCCCAUGUGUUACUUUAUUCUUUUAAUUUGCACUCUUUCUUCCUGCCGAUAUUAUCCUCUUUUUUUUAUUUCGUUCCUUUCUUUUCCUUAAUAUUAUUUCUUUUUAUUUUGUUCACUUUCUUCUUUCUUACAAAUUCCCAUGUGUUACUUUAUUCUUUUAAUUUGCACUCUUUCUUCCUGCCGAUAUUAUCCUCUUUUUAUUUCGUUCCUUUCUUUUCCUUAAUAUUAUUUCUUUUUAUUUUGUUCACUUUCUUCUUUCUUACAAAUUCCCAUGUGUUACUUUAUUCUUUUAAUUUGCACUCUUUCUUCCUGCCGAUAUUAUCCUCUUUUUAUUUCGUUCCUUUCUUUUCCUUAAUAUUAUUUCUUUUUUAUUUUGUUCACUUUCUUCUUUCUUACAAAUUCCAUGUGUUUCUUUUUUCUUUCUAA